UAUCCAUCAGACAAUCCGCGUGGCGAGGCCGUUCUCCCCCAAGUAUCGCGAGAGCACACGGCGUGGACAUGGCCGCUGUACAGAAACUGAAAAAGUGUGCAGUGUCCCAGACUGGAAAAUACACCGCGUCUGUCAUUUUUCUUCAUGGCUCAGGAGACACAGGGCAGGGAUUACGAGCAUGGGUUUGUGAUGUUCUGGCACAGGACAUGGCUUUUGAGCAUAUCAGAGUGAUCUACCCCACUGCUCCAGCAAGGCCGUACACACCUAUGCAUGGGGCACUGUCUCACGUAUGGUUUGACCGCUACAAAAUCUCUCGUGACUGCCCAGAGCAUUUGGAGUCUAUUGAAGAAAUGUGCAGUCAUUUAGGAGCUGUAGUCCAAGAUGAGAUCCGAGCUGGUGUACCUAUGCACAGGAUGAUUAUCGGCGGCUUCUCUAUGGGCGGAGCCAUGGCAUUACACCUGUCCUGCAGGUACCACCAGGAUGUGGCUGGAGUCUUUGCACUGUCCAGCUUCCUUAAUAAGGACUCAGUUGUAUAUCCGGCUGUUGAAGAUGCAGUAGGACGUCACCUACCAGAGCUUCUCCAGUGUCAUGGCACAGCCGAUGAGCUGGUGUCCCAUGCCUGGGGCGAAGAGACCAGCACGUUGCUGAAGAAAGCUGGCAUGGCUACCUCUUUCCACUCAUUCCCAGGGCUUAACCACCAGCUCUGCCGGCCUGAGCUGGAGCUCCUACGUGCCUGGAUAUUGAAGAAGCUUCCAUCUGAAAGCUCUUCCACUGCUAAAUCCUGAGCUGUAAAAACUUCACUGUUUUCCUCUGCAUGAACUGAGUUUUAAUAAAUUGUUCUAUUUGUUGGGUA